UUGCGAGUUAAAGAUUGUAGCAAUCCGCCUGCUCCCUAUCUGUUCGCAGCACUAGUGACGUGCUGAGGCAAAGAUGGGGAAUAAGAUUUCAGCUCAUUGUCCUCUCAAUGAGCUAUACGAAGGAGAGGAGUUUGAGAGCAUUUACGAGGUGGAUGAAAGUCAGACAAUUGGCACUGGCAAGUUCGCCGUCGUUCACAUGUGCAACCGAAGAAGUCAACCUGAAACAAAAUAUGCCUUAAAAGUGAUCAACACCAGAGUGGGUGACAUGGCCAGCUUGAACCGCAUCCAUGAGGAGAUCAACAUUCUCCAGGUUCUUGGCAGCCACCCAGGUCUUGUCUCUCUGAUUGAUGUGGACGAGGCGAUGCCUGGUUCCAUCCGACUAGUGCUGGAGUUGUGUGAAGGUGGUGAACUUUACGACCGCAUUCAGCAGAAACAGUACUAUCCCGAAGUCGAGGCGAAAGCAGCCGUGCGCUGCCUCUUGGAAGCUGUAGCUUACAUCCAUGGUCAUGGGAUCAUGCACAGGGAUCUGAAGCCCGAAAACAUUUUAUUGGCCAGCCGAGUCAGCAACACAGAGCUAAAGAUCUCUGACUUUGGCUUAGCGAAAAUAUCAAAGGACUACCCUCGACGACUACCUCGCUCUCACUCCAUUUGUGGUUCAGACUUCUAUUUGGCACCUGAAGUGAUCAAGCAGGAGGAGUAUGGCAGAGAAAUUGACAUUUGGGCACUGGGCGUGAUCACCUACGUCCUCCUCAGUGGGGCCUUGCCUUUCUUUCACCAUGUCCUUCAUAAACUGUAUCGUCAAAUCGUGGAGAGGGAUCUGAGUUUUCCAGAUCAGGCUUGGAAAAAUGUGUCCAAGGGCGCCCUGGAUUUCAUCCUCCGGUUGCUGCAGGUGCGGCCAGGCGACCGCCUGACGGCAGACCAGGCGCUGAGCCAUCCUUGGCUGCGGAACAAUGGCAGCAGUGCGCCAAGCUUUAACAGCUUCACGAGUGCACACAGCGGCGAAGCCAUGGCACCGAACUACUACAGUGCCUAUGGUGGCUAUGGUGGAAUGCCCCGACCGAUGUUACACCCGCUGGAACAUGCUCAUAAGGUGUGAGAUCUUCAACCUCUUCGUUGGCAAAGUUCUGAAGCACGUGUGAAACGCAGAACUGCCAAUGAUGUAGCCUGGCUGCUUCUUUCAGGCUAGUCCAGCU